AAAUAUCAAAGCUAUUAAGGCCUCAUAUUACAACACAUUCUCUCUUCCCAGGCAAACCAGAAAACAAAAAAAAGAUAGAAAAUGGGUCGACCGUCAAGUUCCAAGUUUACAUUGCUUAUGUCUCUCGUGAUUGGCUGUCUCAUGGCAGCAUCAGCUAGCAACUUCUACCAAGAUUUUGACAUCACAUGGGGAGAUGGCCGUGGUAAGAUAGACAACAACGGGGACGUUCUCUCUCUCUCCCUUGACAAAGCCUCUGGCUCCGGUUUCCAAUCCAAGAAUGAAUAUCUUUUUGGCAAGAUUGAUAUGCAGCUCAAGCUUGUCCCUGGCAACUCUGCUGGCACAGUCACUGCCUACUAUCUAUCUUCCAAAGGAUCAACAUGGGAUGAGAUUGAUUUUGAGUUUCUGGGGAACCUUAGUGGGGAUCCUUACAUUCUUCAUACCAAUGUGUUCAGUCAAGGAAAGGGAAACAGAGAGCAACAGUUCCAUCUCUGGUUUGACCCAACUGCAGAUUUCCACACCUAUUCCAUCCUCUGGAAUCCCCAACGUAUCAUCUUCUCUGUGGACGGCACUGCCAUUAGAGAGUUCAAAAACAUGGAGUCACUUGGUGUCCCAUUUCCAAAGAACCAACCGAUGAGAAUUUACUCCAGCUUGUGGAAUGCCGACGAUUGGGCUACAAGGGGUGGUCUGGUAAAGACAGAUUGGACUCAAGCUCCAUUUACUGCUUCUUACAGAAACUUCAAUGCCAAUGCCUGUGUUUGGUCUAAUGGAGCAUCUUCCUGCAAAUCAAAUUCUCCAUCUUCUGCCUCAACCAACAAUGCGUGGUUCUCUCAGGAGCUGGAUUCCUCUAGUCAGCAAAGGCUACAAUGGGUCCAGAAGAACUACAUGAUCUACAACUACUGCACCGACGCCAAGAGAUUUCCCCAAGGUCUACCUCCAGAAUGCAACAUGUCUUAGAGGCAACAUUAGCCAGCUAUUAAUUAGAUCAAUAUUCUUUCAAUUCUUUUUCUUCUUCAAGCCAAGUCAUGAUUCUUUUGUUCUUUGAGAAAUCUCCCUAUUUUGUAUGUAAUACGUUAUCAUAUGAUAUGCAACAACAGGAGAUUACUUCCUCCCUCAAAA